AUGCAAGAAGAAAUAGAAAGAAUAGGAAGAAAAGAAAAAAAAAGAUUUAGAAGAAGCCAUAAUAGCAAGGAGAAAUGGAUGAAUGAUUUCAACAAAGAAAGGGAUGACCUUCUGGAAGAAUUAAAAAAAAAUGAUAAUGAUGAAAAUUGUAAAAAGUUUCUUGAUUUUAUUGAUUGUUGCAGGGAAUAUCUAAUAGUUUCAAGUCCUAAUAACCCAUUUGGAAAUAAUUCUACACUUACUGGAGAUCAAAUAAAACUGGAUGCUGUAAAAAAACUAUCUAAUAUUACUAAUUGUGAUAGGACUUAUAAAGAUAAGGGGACUGCUACUGUAUUGAAAUGGGAUAAAGAAUAUCAAAAAGGAAAGCGCAAAGAAAUAGGAAAAUUUACUAAAAGUAAUCCAAAAUGUGAAAGUUUAUAUUUAUGGUUUAUUAAAUACAAAUAUAUAGGAAAAGUGAUGUAUGCAUUUGGUUCUGAAAGAGAAAUUCAUAAUAUAAAACUUAAGAGAGGCAUAAUUAAUAUUACUGAAUAUAAUAAUUGGUUGAAUGAGAUGGAAAUGAAUUUUACUAAUCCACAAACAUGGAACGUAACGGAUGCCAAACUCUUUAUUGAUCAUUGGAAAAUUUUGAAAAGUGAAACAGAAGAAUAUAGAAAUAAUAUUGUUUUCAACCAUAAUUGUUCACUAAUAAAUGACUUAAAUAACGAUGUAAUUACAACCCAUAAUCCUUUAUCUACAACAAAUGUAUCCUAUAUCAUGAAUGGUAGCACUGUAUCUAUUGCAAAUGAUACUACUGAAUCUACUACAUAUACAUCUGGUAUGUCUCUAUUUUUAACCAAUCUAGCUACUCAAACUAAUAUGCAUAAUUUAUCUAUUUCAGCUACUCCAACUAUUGUAGGAAAUUUGUCAAGUUCAAACACUUUGCUUCCUUCUCCUAUGAUUAAAACUACUAAAGGUAUAUUAAAUUUUACAGAUUCUCCAUCUACCUUAAAUAAUACAGGUACUGAAAUUAAUUCGUCUACUUUAACUUCAUCAGCUUCUACAAAUAAUAAAAAUAAUUCAUUAUUUAAAAAUACUACAUCUUCUGUUAAUAAUUCAGUCACUGCAUCCCCUUCAUCAAUAGCUACUUUAACGACCACUUCAUCAUUUUCUAUAAUAAAAAAUUCUUCACAUAGCCCUAAAAAUAGUAGCAAUGAUUUAUUAAUUUCUACGAUGAAAUUCAGUAAUAAUGCAUCAAUUAACUCUUUUUUUGUACAAUCUGGAAAUACAGAUCAAAAUACAUCUCAGUUUAAUGUAAAUGGUACAAUGAAUACAACUACUUCAAUUACAUUUAUUCCAAAUGUUCCUACAAUAAUACCUUCACACAAUGUAGUUCAUGAUAAAAGCCCAGGAAAUGUAUUAAUUUUUCUUGGCAUUCCAUUCGGUACUAUACUUUUUGGAAUAUAUUUUUUUCUCCUUCUAUAUAAAUGUACCCCCAUUGGAUCUUGGAUUAGUAAACGUAAGUCAAAAAAAAAAAAAAAAAUAAAAAAGAUAGAGUCAAGAGAUGUAUCAACUUCUAUAUAUCCUAAAAAGAAAUCAGUAAAAAAAAUGAAGCAUUUAGUAUCAUCUCACGAAAUGCAACUUCCAUCAUGUAAAAUCACAUUUGAAAAUGAAAAAAACGUUGAAAAAAAGAAAAAAUAUGAAGAAAUAAAGUUGGAAGGAGUAAAAAAUGAAUUUAUAGUACAAACUGAAGAACAACAUAUAGAGAAAGGAGAAAAUGAAGAAGAAUCUACAGAAGAUAAGGAAAAAAAAAAAGUAGACAUGAUAAUGAAAGAAUCGAGAUAUUUAAAUGAAGAAAUGAUAAAUCAUGGAGAUGGUAAUGUGAAAGGUAAAAUAUCAAUAAAUAAAGAAAUGUAUAAAAAGAAGAUAUUUAUAGAAAUAUAUAUGGAAAUAUUGGAUGAAUGUCAAAGAGAGGAGUGGGAAUUACAUAAAGAAGAUUUUUUACAAAUAUGUUUGGAAGAAUGGAAAAAUGAUAGUGUAUUAUAUGAAGAUAUAAUGGUAGAAGAGAACAAAGUUGAAAAUUCAGAGGAAGAAAGCAACAGUAUUUCACUUGAGAGACAAAAAUUUCUCUGGAAUAAAUAUAUGGAAAGAAAUAGAGAAAUGUUGGAAAAAUGGAAAAGGGAAAAAUGGUUUGAAAAUUUGAAGAAGGAAUGGGAAAAAGAACAAGAAGAUUAUGAACAAAUAACAGAUGUAUCAGAAUUGAUGGAAAUGGAAAAAGGAAAACUAGCUAUGGUAGAAAAGCAAAAAAUAAUAUGGAAACUUUGGUUAAUAAAACAAAGAAAAUGGUUCAUGGAAUGUAAUAAAGAGAAAUGGUUUAAUGCAUUAUUAGAAGAAUAUGAAAUGGAAGAAGGGGAAUAUAAAAAAGAAUUAAGUAAAGGGAAUAUAGAAAAUGUAGAGGAAAUUCAUAGAAAUAUAGAUAAAUCAAAGGAAGAAAAUAAUGAAAUAGCGGAGAACAAAAAAAAAAAAUUGAUAAAGAAAUUGUGGAUAGAAAUACAUAUGAUGAUAUUAGAAGAAUAUAAAAAAGAAGAAUGGGAAAGAAAUAAAGAAGAAUUUAUUAAAACAAGCAUGAAUGAAUUGAAAAUAAAGAGAAAUUUAGAUGGUAGAGAAAAUAUAUUAGAAUACAUAGAUGGAAAUAGUGGCAAUGUUGUAAUAAAGAACAAAGAAAAUGACAUAGAACAACUGAAAAAAGAAGAAUGGUUUACACAAUUAAAGAUAAAAUGGAAAAAUAACGAAGAUAAAUAUAGAAAAGAAAUAAAUGAGGAAAUGUUGAUAAAAGAAAAUGGAGAAAGAAUUAGAAAUCCUAUGUUAGAGAGGCAAAAUAUUAUAUGGAGAAAACACUGGCGAGAUAUUCAAAAUAAAUGGAGAGAAAAUGCCAAUAACGAAGAAUGGUUUACACAGUUAGAUGAUAUAUAUGAGAAUAAGGAAGAAGAAUAUAAAAAAGAUAUAUAUGAAAGAAGUAUAGAAGAGAAAAAAAAAGAGAUUAUUAGAAAAAAGGGAGAAAAAAAGAAAAAAUAUAAAGUGAGUGAGAUGGAAAAUAUAGACAAAAGGUUUAAUUCUAUAACCAUGAAAAAAAAGUUAAAAUGGAAGACUAUAUUAGAAAUACAAAUGAUGGUAUUAGAGGAAUGUAAAAAGGAGGAAUGGGAACUAAAUAAAGAAGAUUUUUUUCAAAUUUGCAUAGAAGAAUGGGCAAAAAAGAAGUCAUCAUGUGAAGAUAUAUUUAAUAAGAAAAGAACAUUGAAUGGAGAAGAGGGAGCUUAUCAAAUUAUGUUAGAGAAACAAACGUUGCUGUGGAAAGAAUGGUCGGAGAGGAAUGCAAAGAUGUUAAAGAAAUGGAAAAAAGAAGAAUGGUUUAAUAAAUUGAAGAAGGAAUGGAAAAAUUAUGAAGAAAUAUAUUCAGAAGAAAUAAAAGAAAAAAAGGUAGAAGUAUUAGAAGAUAGAGUAAAAAAUCCUAUGUUAGAGAGACAAAAAAAAAUAUGGAGAGGAUGGUUAAGGCGUCAUUUAGGGAUUACAGAACAAUGGAUUAAAGAAAACUGGUUUAUGGAUGUGCUGAACGAUUAUCAGAAGGAAGAGGAUAAAGAAUUACAAGUAAGAGAAAUAGAAAAUUUAUCGGAGAAAAUUGAAAAAGAUGAAAGGAUAAUAAAUAACGUAAAAGAAAUGGAUGAAACAAAAAAGAAAAAAUUAAUAUGUAGACUAUGCAUAGAGAUAUACAUGGCUAUAAUAGAAGAGUGUAAGAAGGAAGAGUUGGAAUCUAUGAGGAAUGAGUAUCUUAAGUUAUAUAUUGAAGAAGAAGAAAAAAAAGAGGAAAUGUAUGAAAAAGAAAUAAAGAAAAAAGAAAGGGUUGAUGUAAAUCAGAAAAAGAAAUGGAAUAUUAUGAUAGAGAUGGAAAAAAAAGAGAAAAAUGAAAAGAUUGACGUAGAUAAAAAAACAAAAUGGAAUAUUUUGAUGGAGAUGAAGAAAAGAGAAUGGGAUAUUUGGAAAAAAGAAGAUUGGUUUCUGGAGUGGAAGGAGAACUGGAAAAAGGAAGAAAUGAAACAUAUGGAAGAAAUUAGAAGAUUAGAAAUAAAGAACAAUAUGAAAAGAGAAAUUGGAAUCCCAAAAUUAGAACAAAAUAUUUUAUGGAAUAGACAAUGGCUAGAAAAGCAAAGAAAUAUUCUAAAAAAAAAGAACAAACAAAAUAGUCCUAAAGAAUCUAUGUCACAGAAGCAUAAAAAGAAAGAAGAGGUAGAAGAUAUUUCAAGCAAUCUUGAUAUUACAAUAUUAUAA